UUAGACUGGGGCUUCUCUUCUAAAAUGCGCCAGAUGUUAAUGCACCAGAUGUUGCCGGUGAUCCUCCUCGUGUUACUGACGGCGUCUCAAGUCAUUUGCUGGCGCCCAUGGCCUCAUCUCAAGCCCAACAGCUCCGAUUUAAUCUUCGGUGGCUCCAAGAAAUUCGAGGGGUCAUCGGAGUUUGUUCACAUGAAGUACCACAUGGGGCCAGUUCUCACCGCCAACAUCACGGUCCACACAAUCUGGUACGGGACCUGGCAGCCGGCCCAAAAGAGGAUCAUCCGCGAGUUCAUUAACUCAAUCUCCGCCGUCGACUCAAAGCAUCCGUCAGUCGCCGGCUGGUGGAAGACCGUACAGCUCUACACGGACCAAACCGGCGCAAACAUCUCCCGGUCGGUGCGUUUGGGUAAGGAGAAGAACGACCGGUUCUACUCUCAUGGGAAAUCGCUCACGCGCCUAUCAAUACAGUCCGUGAUAAAGAGCGCGGUCACGGCGAGAACAAAGCCGCUGCCCACAAACCCGAAAAGUGGGCUUUACCUGUUACUCACAUCCGCCGACGUGUACGUCCAGGAUUUCUGCGGCCAGGUUUGUGGGUUCCACUAUUUCACAUUCCCGUCCAUCGUGGGGUACACGCUCCCGUACGCGUGGGUGGGUAACUCUGCGAAACUCUGUCCCGGGGUUUGCGCCUAUCCAUUCGCCGUACCGGAGUACGUCCCGGGUUUAAAGCCGCUGAAGUCACCGAACGCCGACGCGGGGGUGGACGGGAUGAUAAGCGUGAUCGGGCACGAGAUUGCGGAGCUGGCGACGAACCCAUUGGUGAACGCGUGGUACGCCGGACAGGAUCCGGUGGCUCCGGUGGAAAUAGCGGAUUUGUGCGAGGGCAUAUACGGAACUGGAGGCGGAGGGUCGUACACGGGGCAGCUUUUGAACGACAGGGAUGGCGCCACGUAUAACAUGAACGGGAUCAGACGGCGGUACUUGGUUCAAUGGGUGUGGAACCAUGUGGUGAAUUACUGUACUGGACCGAACGCACUGGAUCAGUAGUUUUUUUUUUAAUUACAUUUUGGAUUUUUGCUGUGUUUGGGUUUAUGGGUUUUGGGUAUGGGGUUUUGUGGUGGCUGUUGAUGCAAAAUUAGUGAAGGCAGGUAAAGUUUGUUAAUGUGGAUUUUGUAAUAAUUAACUAUUAUUACUAUUCGUAUUUUUGUAAACCCCAUUCUGAUUUCCCGCCUUAUUUUCAUAAUUUUAUUUUUAAUUUUUAAGGCAACUGGAUCCUUUGUUGCUUUUAAGAAAGGGGUGGGACCAAG